GCUGUGGGCAGAGCCCCUCCAGGACCUGGCAGGCAGGCUACAAGGUCAUUCCUCCUCCUUCUGGGGCCGUGUGCCAGGCUGGCUGGUGGAUGUGAAGACACGCUGGAGAAGACAACAAUGCUGCCUACAACUGCUGGCCACCGGUGGAGGAGCAGGUUCCUCAUGAGGUGGCAAGAGGCUUGUCUGCUUGGCUGUUGGCUGUCGCUAUGUGCUGCCGAGUCCUUCUUUGCUUGCCCUUCCUCCUGCAAGUGUAACAGUGGCAACCUGGAAGUGGACUGUAGUGGCUUGGGCCUCUCUUCCAUCCCCUCGGACAUCCCCACAAACACCAGGACCUUCCUCUUUCUCAACAACAAACUCAGCAUCCUGCCGGGAGCAGUGUUUUCCAACCUCUCUGCCCUACAGAGGCUGGAUCUAUCCAACAACUUCUUGGACCAGCUCCCUCAGAACAUCUUCAGUGACCUGGGGAACCUCACAGAGCUCCAGCUGAGGAACAACAGCAUCCGGGCCUUGGACAAGGACCUGCUACAACACACGGCCCUGCUGCGCCAGCUGGAUCUCUCCAUCAAUGGCUUGGCCCAGAUACCCUCAGGCAUCUUUGACGAUCUGCCUGCUCUCCGCUCCCUCUCUCUCAGGUCCAACCGCCUGCAGAGCCUGGACAGGGUGACCUUCGAACCGCUAACCAGCCUGCAGCAACUCCAAGUUGGGGAUAACCCCUGGGAAUGUGACUGCAACCUCCGAGACUUCAAGCACUGGAUGGAGUGGUUCUCCUACCGAGGUGGGAAAAUUGACCAGCUGGCAUGUACCCUGCCCAAGGAGCUGAAAGGGAAGGACAUGCGAAUGGUGCCCAUGGAGAUGUUUAACUACUGCUCCCAGCUGGAUGAUGAGAACAGCUCUACAGUGCUGGACAAUACUGGCCCACCCUGCACUAAAGGAAGCCCAACUCCUUCCAAAUCUAAAUCGGGCCCAGAAACAGAAGUGGAGCCCAGUGUGGGAUGCCCUCAAAAACAGCGAUAUAGGCCUGUGAGCGUGCGCCGGGCUAUUGGCACUGUGAUCAUCGCAGGGGUGGUUUGUGGCAUUGUUUGCAUCAUGAUGGUGGUGGCAGCUGCUUACGGUUGCAUCUAUGCCUCCCUUAUGGCCAAGUACCACCGGGAGCUGAAGAAGAGGCAGCCACUCAUGGGUGACACAGAAGGUGAACAUGAAGAGCAAAAACAAAUCUCUUCCGUGGCAUGAAACUCUUCUAGGAAGGAAGAGACAGCAAUGAACAAAGGUACCUGAGAGCAGUCAAGCAUGGGGUCCUCCCAAAAUACAUCUUCCCAGACAGACAGACAGACUGCUAUUGCUCCACUCACCCAAGUAGUGCAACAUGCUUCUGGGGGGUCAGGGCACCUGGCUCAACUUCUGUUCCUCUGCCCCAGGCCCAUUUUGUGCCCUUUCACCCUUGGGCCCUCCCAGACAAAUAAAGUAGAGUCAGACCUCGA